AUGUCAUCAUUAUUACUAUUAGUAGUCGGGAUUUUUGUCGAAAUUACCGACUUUUCACCUUUUUUUAAAAGUCAGUUUGUAAGCAUAAAGUCAACAGCUGCUAUUUCUAUACUAAUAUUUUCCGGUAUCAUUUUCUCUGGUGACUUUGUACGAUUGGUAGUUGCGGAAGUAAUCACUGCAAAUGAAGUAGAACAAGUUACUUACCGCGGUCACAAUUUGCCAUUUAAUGUAUUGGUUGUAAUGCCUCAAAAAGAAUCAAAUAAUGACAAAUUCGGAAUCACAAUGCUUAAAGCACGGCCAGUCAUUGAUAUAAGUGUAAUGGAUGCUAUUAGAUCUGGUAAAAUUGGUGCAAACUUUUUGAAUUUCACAUAUCACGAUUCGAGAUUUGCAGAAAAUGCAAAUUUAGCUGAGCGUUUUGCUACACUUGGAGUUGUCACCGCUUAUUGUUCGCAUCGGCUAGACGUAAUCUUAGGAUUUGCUGAUAGCUAUAGCUUAGCAACUACUUCAAAGAUUUCUGCAGCUUUCGGCCAUGGUGUACCAGUGAUUACUACUGCUGGAAUGGUAUCAAUGCUUGGUGAUCGACAAACAUAUCCAUUUCUUACUAGAAUGCAAGGCAGUUAUCGACAAAUGGCAGAUAGUGUAUACAAAUUAAUCGCAUAUCGGGAAGAAUUUAUCGAAGUUCCAUCAAGAAAUAAGACUAAGGGACAAUCGAAGGCCAAUAAAUUUUCAGGCGUAAAUUCAAGUGAUCGAUUACCCAUUCAGGAAUCAUAUUUGUCUUUAGGAUACCAAAAUUUGGUUCUGAUGUAUCAUGACAAACGCCGAGCUGUGAAUCGCCCUCGGCUAGCUGAUGGCGAAGUAAUGGUUGUAGAAAGUGUCUCCAGCCAUUGCUAUUUUACACUUUAUGCGAUCAAGAACUUUUUUACUGAAAAAAGUGCUUAUUUCAAGGAAUCAUGGAAGAUUCAAACACCAUCUUUGGCAUUCGAUGAGGAAAUUGAAAGGAAAGCGGGAGAAAUUGAAAGUUGGCUCAAAAUUGUUUCUGAACUUGCAAAUGGUGCGUUUUUCCAAUUAUUUUUUCUUCAUAUUUCAUUCUCUGAGCGUACUUUCUCUCCAUUUUAUGGAAAAUAUUUGAAAUAUAAAGUUAGUGAACAGUACGAAUGA